CCGAGACCCGGAAGUGGCGCACGUGAGCGGCCGCGAUGAAGUUCUCGUACCGGUUCUCGAACCUGCUAGGCACGGUCUACCGCCGCGGGAACCUGAGCUUCACCCGCGACGGCGACUCGGUGCUCAGCCCCGUGGGCAACAGGGUCACGGCCUUCGACCUCAAGAACAACAGAUCCGACACCCUGCCACUGGCCACUCAGUACAACAUCAGAUGUGUGGGGCUGUCCCCAGACGGCCACUUGGCUAUCAUCGUAGACGAAGGCGGGGAUGCCCUGCUGGUGAGUCUGCCGCACCGGGCCGUCCUGCAUCGCUACCACUUCAAGGGCUCAGUCAGCAGCAUCUGCUUCUCCCCGGAUGGCAGGAAGUUCGUGGUGGCCAAGGGUAACCUGGCACAGCUGUACCAUGCCCCUGGAAGGAAGCGCGAGUUCAACGCCUUUGUGUUGGACAAAACCUACUUUGGGCCCUUUGAUGAGACCACGUGCAUCGACUGGACAGACGACUCCAGGUGUUUUGCGGUCGGCAGCAAGGAUGCUUCCACCUGGGUGUUUGGGGCCGAGCGCUGGGACAACCUCAUCUACUACGCGCUUGGGGGCCAUAAGGACGCCAUCGUGGGCUGCUUCUUUGAGUCCUGCAGCCUGGACCUGUACACACUGAGCCGGGACGGUGCCCUGUGUGUGUGGCAAUGCGACACCCCUCUUGAGGGCCUGCGGCUGAAGGCGCCCACCGGCUGGAGGGCCGAUGUGCUGCAGGCGAAUGAGGGGGACCCGGAGGAUGAGGCCGAGGCCGAACAGGAGGCCCAGACUAUCCGAGGGAAGACAGCGCCGGCCGCUGAAGAGCAGCAGGGGAAAGUGAAGUAUUCACGGCUGGCCAAGCACUUUUUCAACAAAGAAGGUGACUUCAACCACCUCACUGCCACGGCUUUUCACAAGAAGACGCAUCUCUUGGUCACUGGCUUUGCUUCUGGAAUCUUCCACCUCCAUGAGCUCCCGGAGUUCAGCCUCAUCCACUCCCUGAGCAUCUCGGAUCAGAGUAUCACCUCCGUGGCCAUCAACAGCUCUGGGGACUGGGUGGCCUUCGGGUGCUCAGGUCUGGGCCAGCUGCUGGUGUGGGAGUGGCAGAGCGAGUCGUACGUGUUCAAGCAGCAGGGACACUUUGACAGCAUGGUGGCCCUGGCCUACUCGCCCGACGGGCAGCACCUUGUCACGGGCGGCGAUGAUGGCAAGGUGAAGUUGUGGAACACGCUUAGUGGCUUCUGCUUUGUGACCUUCACGGAACACACAAGCGGGGUAACUGGAGUGACCUUUACAGCCACGGGCCAUGUGGUGGUCACCUCGUCCAUGGAUGGGACUGUGCGUGCCUUUGACCUUCAUCGGUACCGGAACUUCCGUACCUUCACGUCCCCGCGCCCCACCCAGUUCUCCUGUGUGGCCGUGGACUCGAGCGGGGACAUCGUUUCGGCUGGUGCCCAGGACUCCUUUGAGAUUUUCAUCUGGUCCAUGCAGACAGGCCGGCUCCUGGAUGUCCUCUCGGGGCAUGAGGGCCCCAUCAGCAGUGUCUGUUUCAACCCCGCCAAGUCGGUCCUGGCCAGUGCCUCGUGGGACCGCACAGUGCGCCUGUGGGACAUGGCCGACAGCUGGCGGACCACCGAGACACUGUCGCUGACCUCGGAUGCACUGGCUGUGACCUUCCGCCCCGAUGGCGCCGAGCUGGCUGUGGCCACGCUGAAUGCGCAGAUCAGCUUUUGGGACCCCGACAGCGCCACACAGACGGGCACCAUCGAGGGCCGCCAUGACCUGCGACCCGGCAGGAAGGAGCUGGACAAGAUUACAGCCAAGCAUGCCGCCAAGGGCAAGGCCUUCACCGCCCUCUGCUACUCGGCGGACGGCCAGAGCGUGCUGGCAGGCGGCAUGUCCAAGUUCGUGUGCAUCUACCACGUCCGCGAGCAGAUCCUCAUGAAGAAGUUCGAGGUUUCUCAGAAUCUCUCUCUUGACGCCAUGGAGGAGUUCCUGAACCGGAGGAAGAUGACGGAAUUUGGCAACUUGGCGCUUAUCGACCAGGACGCGGGGGCUGACGAGGGUGUCGCCAUCCCCCUGCCGGGGGUGAGGAAAGGGGACAUGAGCUCCCGGCACUUCAAACCGGAGAUCAGGGUCACCUCACUCAGCUUCUCCCCAACUGGACACUGCUGGGCGGCCACCACCACUGAGGGCCUCCUCAUCUACUCCUUGGACACGCAGCUGCUCUUCGACCCUUUCCAGCUGGACACCAGCAUCACCCCAGCACGGGUGCGGGCAGCCCUACGUGAGGGCCUCUUCACGAGGGCCCUGCUCAUGGCGCUGCGGCUCAACGAGAGACCGCUGGUACAGGAGGCCCUGGAGGCGGUGCCUGCGAGCGAGAUUGAGGUCAUUGCUUCAUCCCUCCCUGAGCUGUAUGUGGAGAAGGUUCUGGGUUUCCUGGCGGCCUCCCUGGAGGUGACGCACCACCUGGAGUUCUAUCUCCUCUGGACGCAGAAGCUGCUGCUGCUGCAUGGCACGAAGCUCAAGGCCAGGUCUGGAACGCUGCUGCCGACUGUGCAGUUUCUGCAGAAAGGCCUCCAGCGGCACCUGGACACCAUCUCCAAACUAUGUGACUGGAACCAGUACAACCUCCGCUUUGCGCUGGCCCUGUCACAGCAGCGCGGCCUGAAACGCCCCUUGGAGCCAGGCAGUGAGGAGAAGAUGGAGGAGGAUGAGGAAGAGGAUAACUUAUGCCUCAUGGGGACAGCGGAUGGGGAUGAUGGGGACAGUGAAGACGGGCUGUUGGCAUAGCGCACAUGAUGACCCCAACUCCUGGGGCCGAAGCAGCAGAGGUGGCAGGGCAGCCGGCCCAAAUACUGGCUGUGGACUCGGCUGCAAAGACUCACCGUGG